AUGCCAGUCAUGACUUGUGGUUCCAGGCUCAAGAAAUUCCUUCCGCAGAUGCGUGCAGCGGGAUUGAGAAACGUCAAUCUAAGUCUGGACACGCUGCAAGCGGCCAAGUUCCCGUUUCUGGCGGGGAAGCCGCUGGAUUGGCACGCCCGAAUUAUGGACAGUAUGCACGCAGUUGCGGAGGAGCCUUUCUUCAACUUGAAGCUCAAUUGCGUUCUCCUCAAAGGGGCCAAUGAGGACGAGGUGGGAGCUUUUGUGGAUCUCACUGAGUCGCUGCCCGUUGAGGUGCGCUUCUUGGAGUUUAUGCCCUUCGAUGGCAAUGCCUGGAGCGCCAAUCGACUGGUGCCCCAGGCAGACAUGAUUGAAUCCAUCCAGAACCACCUGGCAUCCAGAGGGCUGCCGGCUGCUUCACGCUUGCCUCCGGACUCGCUUCAUGACGUGGCACGCCUAUGGCAGGUUCCUGGAUGGGUUGGGCGCAUUGGUGUGAUAUCCAGCAUGACAGAUGCUUUCUGCGGUGGCUGCAACCGGCUCCGAAUCACUGCGAAUGGAGAGCUGCGCAACUGCCUCUUUGGUGAGCAAGGCUGGAACUUGCUCCAAGAGAUGCGCCGUGGCGUGCCUGACGAUGAAAUCAUCGGCACCAUUGCCGAAGCUGUUCAGAGGAAACACGCCAAGCUGGGUGGUAAGCGGGACAUGUUCGAGCUCAACGAGAGGGGUGCCAAGGCAGGCUUUGCCAAUGAUCGCGCUGGGCGGUUGAGAAGUGAGGGCCUGAGCUUGGCUUUGCUGCGCCCUUUGCUCCUCCAUGUGACGAACUUCUGGUUUGCCUUUGCCCCUGUCGGGGAGUUUUCCGGAUGUGCCUUUGGUUGCUUCCACGAGGAGGGCGGUGCGGAGCACGCUAUCCCGGCCAGCAGCCGCUCUGUGUUUGCAGCGCCCUCGCAGCUUAUCGGAUUGUAUCCGCAAGCGUGGGAGAUGGCUGAGUGCAUUAGUUGA